GCGAGUGGGGUAAGUUGCGCCGCGCGCCGGCUCGUUGGCCCUUCGCAGAGUGAGGCAACCCCCAACGCCGCUCCGCGCGCAUCUCUCAUUCUCGUCCGCCGAUAACGAGAAGUUACAACCCCCGACGAUCGGGCGCAUCGUCGCGCGCCGAAACAACCGGCGCGGCGCGGCGCGGCGCGGCGCGCUCGCGUAAAAAAAGCUCGCGAGAAUCGAGAAAUGCGGGUGAACGCUUCGUGAUCGCGUCUCGCCAAGCCACCUUCCGACUCGACUCGCGGGUUUCAGUUUCUUCUCCUUCGCGCUGGGACUCGUCCCGAACUGAAUGACGACGGCAGAAGGAAGCGGCAUCGGUGGUUACAUGUGAACGCGAGUGGGCAACUUCAUCAUGCUCAGGAGUGAAAGGAUGUUACCGUGAUGUUACAUCGAAGCGCUUCGUCGCGACGCCGGCGAGCGUCGCCAAGCGUGGCAAACUCGAGCCAAGCGGCGUCUUCGACGAUGCGAGGUCGACGAGCGAGCGUUGCCACUGAGAAACCCCUCAUCUUGCCGCCAAGCAGCCCCGGCGGAACGAUGGAAAGGCAGCGGUCGCCGAGGGGUAGCAUGGUGCCGAAUAUCGCUCUGGAUACCGAGAGCGAUUCGCCCGAUGAAGGUGUCUGUCGUAGGAUCCUGCCGGAUCCCGAACAGUAUGGCACCAGCCGCAACUCCCUGGCGCCCGAGGCGAGCCGCAGCCCGCGAAACUCUCUAAUACCUGACGAUUACUGCAGAAGCCCGCGAGGCUCCCUAAUCUCAGACCCGAACAGGAGCCCACGCAACAGUCUGGUACCUGACGUGGUACGGUCGCCGCGAAAUAGUCUUACGCCAGAGGUCUCUCUCAGUCCGCGUCAUUCCCUGGUGCCGGACUCGGCACUUAGCCCGAGAAAUUCCCUGGUGCCGGACGUGGCCUAUAACCGGAGUCCGCGGAACAGCAUGGUGGCGGUCGGCGGCUCCAGGAUAUCCCUCUUACCGGAGAACGGUAGCGCACUCGUGGCCGCCAAUCGCAGCCCCAGACACUCGCUGGUGCCAGAUUCGACGAGGAGCCCGCGAGGCAGCAUGGCGAACCUGGACUUCGACCGAAGUCCGCGCAGCUCGAUCUGCCCGGAAUUGCACAGGACACCCAGGGGUAGUAUCACGCCCAUAGAGGUCGUCGACAGAAGUCCUCGCGGUUCGAUAGUCUCGGAGUGCCUAAAUCAGAGUCCCCGCGGCUCCAUCGUACCCGAUCCGAAUAGAUCGCCCAGAGGAUCGAUAGCGCCGGACCCGAAUCGGUCCCCGCGAGGAUCGAUAUGCCCGGAGAGCAGCAACAGGAGCCCGAGAGGAUCGAUCGCGUUGCACGAUCAGACGAAUCGAUCGCCACGCGGAAGUAUAGGUAUGAACGAUGGCGACAAACACUCGAGAGGUUCUCUCGGUGCUAUCAACGAUGACGAAAAUAGAAGUCCCAGAGGAAGCAUCGGGCCUGACGGGAUCAAUAGAAGUCCUAGAGGUAGUCUUGGAGGGCAUCAGGAUAGAAGGGCGCCUAGGGGUAACUUAGGCUUGCAAGAUCCUAGAAGAGCUUCCGCGGAUCAAGCUAUUGACUCGAGAAUUUGCGAUUACUACAAGAAGCCAUUGGAAAUGAAAAAAGGUACAAGAUUAAAGAAAAAAAUAACAGGAAGUUUACUCGAGGAACGACUUUCAGGUGAUGAGUCGCGUCGGCUUUGCGCCAGUGGUGCAAAGGCACCUGAAAAGGGCGUUGCGGAAGCUGCAAAUCUCGGUGUGGCGACCUACGGCUCGGUCGUGUUUCAAUUGAAAGAUGCCCACCUCGAGGCGAACGGCAUCUGCGACUUCGUCUUUCGUGCUUUGAGAGUCAUCAGCAAGACGAUGACGUUCACCAUAUGUCUGACCUGUUUGUCCACUGUGCCUAUUUUGAUGUUCAUCUUCGGUGUGCAGUUUAUUAAGGAUUGUCCGAAGGAGCCAUAUAUUCCCGUAUACAUGUUGAUUGGUGGUGUUUUGGGCGCCGUGCGUAUGUUCUGGGCGCUGUAUUCGCAAAUAUAUUCCCGAAGGCCGGAAAUCUUGUCCGUUCCCGCCGCUAGACCACACAUCUCGCCUAUGAAAUUACUCUCCAUAACUUUGUCGUGCUUCCUGGUCGCAUGGUUCGUGUUAGGACAUUAUUGGAUACUACAUAUAAUGUGGCCGGAGUACGAACUUUCGUUAUACGCGCCCAAUAAGUGGUGUCAUAAAACGCUCUAUAUUUUUUCAUUAGUUCAUCUGUGCGUAGUGUAUGCGGUUUUAUUUGUAAUAUUAAUAGUGGCGGUCGGCCUGGCUUUCUGCAGAAUUCUAGAAUGCCCUUUACCAGAAAGAUACAAAUAACCACGGCGAUCCGUUCGCCAGAAUAAAAUCCGUGAGAAGAAAAAGUCAGCGAUCGGUGGGAGAGCUGGAUGGCGUUUAGAUAGAGGACGCAAGGUUUUGGAAGAUCUGCAGGAGGAGGAGGAUGACGAGGACGACGAGGACGGCACGCGGAGCGACGUUGAUCUGGACGAGGACAAUUGCAGCAACAAGAUCGUGCAGGAAGUCAAGUAUUGCAGCAAAGUGCAGUUUCGCGCGCCGGAUAUCAUCGAGCUGUGAUGCAUAAACGAUGUCGCGACGGAAAGGAACUCUGGAAACGGGGUGCCGCCGGCGGGGAAGCGCGAGUCGCAAUCUCAAAAACUUUCCCGUACUAACGAGGCUGCUAGGGCCGCGGGGGGCAGGAUUUGCGAGGAAUGAAGGGAAACGGAAGGGAAAGGGAAGGGAAAGGGAAGAGAAACGGAUAACGAGGUCGCGAGAGUGCCGCCGAAGCUCGACGGUGCUGUAUCGCUUUCGUGAAUAAUCGAGGUCUCGAUUCCCGACACGUGCAAGACCCUCGAGAUGGAGAUCCUCACAUUUUCCGCAAAAGGGAAAUUCACGUGACGGAAACGUAACGGCGAGAAUCCGGAUUGAGCGCGAAGAAAUUGUCUCUCGGCGGAUGAAACGGGGCACGAUGGAAUCCGACUGCGACUCGAUUUGUUCUAAUUAAUUCGUAGAACGUGAAAGAGAAGACGCAGUUUUGCAGCAAUAUCGAAGUAGAGUUAAAUACACAGCGAAAACGAAUAAUUCCCAGCAAUCGCAAUCCUUUCGAGGUGUAAAUUAAAAUAUUGGCACUGAACUCUCAUUGCUGUUUUCAAUUUCACGGAAAUGCGUAUGACAAGGAGUAUAUAUAAUUUCAUGGUGGAUUCAACUGGAUUUGAUACGCGGCGAAGGAAAUCCGCAAUAGCAAAAGGGAAUAGAAUGAAACUUUCAUCGGCGAAAGAAGAUUACCCGACAAACUCUUGUAAGAAUGAUACUGGAUGGAGUAUGUCUUCGUGGAAACAAAGAAUAUUUUCCGAAGGAUUUUAUCUCCCUUAAGCGCCGUGGUUUCGAUUUAAGUCGCGUCCUGGCUACGGUUUGACGAAGAAAUCGAUACGAAGACCUCCACUCGUAUCAAAACAAGGAUCUUCGAUUUGUCGUUCUCGCAAAUAAUGCUCGUCCCUCUUUUUGCGCGCCAAUUAAACGCGAAGGAAUCGAAUUUCGAAGAACGUAAAUAAUUUGAUUGAACGGUCAAGCAAUAUAUCUUUUUAUCUCUUGGAAAACUUUGCCGAGAAAUUCAACGUUAUUUUAAUGUCGAUUCGGCGCAAAUAAUUAUUAGAUUCGUAAUCAACGAUCUUUCAAUUAUUUCAAUGUGACAAACGUAAUAGAUCAUUAACCUUAUUCCAUUUGUAUUGUGUAUAAUUUCCAGCGGAAAUACAAACAAGAUACAA